AUGUCACUGUCACUCACAGAUUGUGAAUGUGAUGUUUGUGUUGUGUUUUUUGAAUUUCCCCUCUGACUUCGAUCAAUUCAAUUUUACUUUUGAAUUUUGAUAUUCAUUAUUCAUAUUCAAGAGCUUGUAGACGUACGUAACGUGAUCAGCUCGAUACUCAAUGAAUUUAACACACAUCACGUAAUUUUAAUGUUUGUCUCAAUAAUGAUAGGAGUGGUAAUUUUGACUGUGUUUCUUAGUUCGAGCGCUCAUAGUUUUAAGAAGAAUGGUCUAAACAACGCCAAUAAAACCUUUAUCUAUAACAACACAUAUCUAUAUGACAACAUUAUAGAUGUCAUUGUGAAUGACACAACAACACACAUACUUGAUUUCACAGAGAUGCCUGAUCAAUUGUCAGUGUUCCCAACCCGGGUGCAUGUGAGCACAAAUGAUACCAACAACUUGGAGUACCCUCUCUUUGUGACUGCAGCACAGCAAAAAGGUGUGUCAUCAUGGGAACUGCCUCUGGUAGUGCCAACGCGCACCACUGUACUGCAAUUCAACGACAUGGCAAGAACUCUUUGUCCACACGACGCCGGACCGAAUAUAACGGCCCAAGCUCGCCCAACGUUGACGUUGGCUACAUCAAGUCCCGAUAAUAUAUUAGUGAAAAUCAAACUGAGACGCGUGCAGAACUUCUUCGUAGAUGUGAAUAAGGAAAUAACCCUAAACGUGACCCCAAGUUCGCCGAAGUAUUACUAUUUCUCUUUUGACUGGGAUCCAUUGAAUUUGACAAAUAACAAUGAUCCGUCUUAUUUACCCAUAUUUAACAAGAAACCAACGAGUGUUCUUUUAAUGAUAGAUUCUGAUGACGAUGUAUGUGCUUUCGUCUCCAUACAGAACAAUUCGUGUCCAGUGUUUGACAACGAACAAGAUAUGCUAUAUCAGGGUUAUUAUUUCACCAUGUCCAAUAAGGGAGGCAUUACUGUUACGCAAUCAAUGUUUCCCCGUGGCUUCUACAUAGUGUUCAUAGUGAAGGAAAGCGAUGAAGAUUGUACCGGUGUCAGGGAGCCCGGAGAGCGCGGGGUGUGGGACUCCAGAAGUCGAGUUAAAACGUUCAGGUUCCGCGCAGUGGAAGCUGUGUCGUAUGAAGACUAUGUCACAGGCUCUUUGGUCGUGCUGGCCCUUAUGCUGUUGGUCGCUCUGUCAGGACCUAUUGGAACCGCAAUAUAUUGCAGGAGACGGUCCAACACGCAAGAUCCUCAGUCAAUCAACAUGCCGCGAGCUGAGGCAAUAGUGCUAGUUGAGGAAUCGCACGGCCCGUCCACUUCGAGAGGCGAACCUACGACCAGUUCAAGCGAAACUGUGCCAGUACUAACACAAAGGGAUUCGGAUUUGGAGUCAGAACCCGAGCAGAUUAUCGGCUCACUGCCAAUGCCUCUAACUGUCGCGAGACUCAGUCGGGCUUGCGCUGUUGUGCAAAGGCGGCGUUCCAAUAGGUAUUUCUGGAGCGCUCUCACGGUGGCUGUGGUGUACGCUCUUCCAGUCGUGCAACUGCUGUUCACAUACCAACGACUGAUAUACCAAACUGGCGACCAAGAUGUCUGCUACUAUAACUUCCUAUGCGCCCAUCCGCUUGGCGUGCUAGCGGACUAUAACCACGUGUACUCCAACAUUGGCUACGUCAUCCUGGGCCUGGUGUUCAUGGCACAGGUCAAAUGCAGGGGGAGGUUCAGAAACGCAAACAAUCAGGAGUUAGGCAUUCCGGAGCACAGAGGCGUGCUUUACUCAAUGGGGUUGGCGCUGGUGAUGGAGGGAUUGCUAUCUGGGUGUUACCACCUUUGCCCCAACAAGAUGAACUUUCAAUUUGACUCGUCGUUUAUGUACGUGAUAGCUGUGCUGUGUAUGAUCAAGUUGUAUCAAAGUCGGCACGCGGACGUGAACGCCAGCGCGCACACCACCUUCAUGCUGAUAGCCUUUGUGAUGGCCAUUGGUUGUUUGGGCAUGAUAUAUCCAGAGGAAUGGUUUUGGAGUAUUUUCACCAUAUUACACCUCGUAGUAUGCUUCAUACUCACUCUUAAAAUUUACUACGUGGACAGAGUGAAGAUAGAACCGUCAAUAGCGCUUAGAGCUUGGGCGGGCUUAAGACAGCAUGGCUGGAACGCUUUUGUGCCGUCGUACCGCGCUAGAGGAGUGCUGCUUGUGGUCGCUAAUAUUGCCAACUGGGUUCUUGCUGGUUAUGGUGUGUACGAGCACAAAGAAGACGUUGCACGCCACCUAUUGGCUAUCCUUCUGGGCAAUACUAUCCUCUACAUGGGUGGCUAUGUGAUACUGAAGCUCAUCCACAGGGAGAGAAUAUCUCCAGUCACGGCGCUGUGGCUGAUCCUCGCUCUUGUCACUUGGAUUGUGGCAGCCUUUCUGUUUACUGAUUCCAAGACAAAGUGGUCGCAAACUCCAGCGCAGUCUCGAAAUCACAACGCUGUGUGUUCGGCGCUAAACAUGCUGGAUUCGCACGACUUGUGGCACAUGGCGUCGGCGUCGGCCAUAUUUUUCUCUUUCAAUGCUUUGCUCAUAUUGGACGAUCCUCUCGCUGAUACCCCAAGAGAUCUUAUCCCAGUAUUUUAAUUAUGUAUUUGUUUUUGGCCCUGGUGCUUUAGUUAAGCUAUUUUUAGUAAUAUAAAUUGCAUUUUAAUUAAAUCAUUAUGACAAUAUUUCUUAUGUGAAUACUGUAUUGUGUUUUAAGUAUUAUGAAAAAAAUAUCGCCAUUUCAAUUUCAACUUCAUUGGGUUCUAGAAUUUUAUUUUACAUCGAAAAUUUUUACCGACUUCGUUUUGUCUACGUAAAGAUCCAUCUAUUAAAAAAUCCACUGGAAUACUAAAAAAACUUACAUACAGCUGAAUGUAGAACCUUCUCCUUUUUGGUAAUAGUACUAAAAAUAUUAUUUAUAGUCUAUGAAAUAUUAUAUUAGUGUAGCCAGCUACAAAAAUUGGUGCUUUUAUUGGAAAUACUCGUGCCUUUAGUUCUACUUUUACGUUAUUACUUUUAUCAAUGUAAUUUUAGUCAUGCCUUCGUUACCAAUUAUUUUAUUUUAUUAAGCAAUUACAAUGUUAUUUUUAAUACUUUCCAUUUAAGAUUAUCUCAAUAUUUUUUUUUUGUUUGAAAGCCUCCGUGCCAGAUUUGUAGGCGCGGGGAAUUUACAAGACGGAGGUCCUGAGUUUGAUCUCCGGCUGGGCUGAUUGAGGUUUUCUUAAUUGGUAUAGAUCUGACUGGUGGGAGGCUUCGGUCGUGUACUCUGCCGGCAAACACGUACUUACCUCCAAGCGAUUUAGCGCUUCGGUACGUUGUCGUGUAGAAACUGAAAGGGGGACCGAAAGAUUUCAUCCUCUUCCUAACAAGUUAGCCCGCUUCCGUCUUAGUUUGGAUCAUCACUUACCAUCAGGUGAGAUUGUAGUCAAGGGCUGACUUGUAAAGAAUAAAAAAAUAUAUAUAUCUCAAUAAGUAGAUAUAUAUAUAUAUAUAUACUUAUUGAAAUGGUCUAAUUUACGACCUUUAUGAUUUUCCCAUUUUAGUAGUUUGUGUAAUGCCAGAAACAAAUAACUACGCUUUCUAUUUUAGAAACUCCAAAGAAGUCCAUAAUUUAUAAAAAUAGAUUGUAGUACAUAGUUUACAUUCAUUGAUGUGUUAGUACAUUUAUAUCAGCAAUAAAUGCAUUCAUUUCACUUCUCAAUUAUAAAAUGACUGUGAUAAAGGAUGUGCUUGUAUGUGAAAAUUAUCAAUAUGUUAUGCUAAUAGUAUUUUAAGAUUGAAACUGUGUCAGUUCGUGUGAUUGUUAUCCUAAUUGCUGUAAGAUUUAAUAAAUUUUCUAAAGGAAAACAUA